AUGACGCGUGCUCAGCAGACCCUCUCCGUUCUCCUGCUCGUCUCCUCGCUCUACCUUUCUCUAUACCUGGGCCUUGUUCCUCUCAACGAAACCAUCCAGAAUGAGAUCAUUCCUGUCCUUCCCUUCUAUGCUCUGAUAUGCUUCGGAUGCUACCUCCUCGGCCGCUUGGGCUUAGCGAUUCUCACCUUCAACGAUGUCCCGGAGGCGCACACGGAACUGCAAAAGGAGAUCGAACAGGCCAAGGCCGAAUUGCGUAAAGCGAACAUCGACGUUGACUGAAGUCAUUAGCGCAGGCGGACGGUUGGACCAUUCACACCUCCAGCAAUGUACUUUAUUGUGUGGAAUCUGUACAAUUUAUGUUUAUCCGAUAACGCAUCGCAUAUGAGAGGGGGGUUGGCGUUUGGUGCGGCACAUCCACAGGCAUUGAUUGCUACGGACAAGGAUCGAUAUUACAGGGGCUGCAAAAGAUUGGCUGUAGCUUAGGAUUUAUCCAAUGGAUGAUUCCUAUAAUUAUAUCGCUUCACCUGUGAUGCAGUAGUCUGUCAUCUAAGCUAUGCAGGGUCCUAUAGGCAAUCUAGACCAGGAUCAGCUAGGUC